UUGCAAAUCUUCGAUUCAAAAAAACUGCCCGGCUUCUUCUGCUAUUUCCGAGUCCUCCGAGUCUUCUAAUCGUUUCCAAGUAAGUCUCUCCUUCCCUUUCUGAGUCAUGUCUGACCGUGAGGAUAGCCAGAACCCGUCCAUUCACUCCUAUGGUUCUGGUGACCGGUCUCCAACACCUAGUUCCUCUUCUUCUUCUUCAUCCUCUGAUUCUGAGCGCCCGGCUACUUCUCCACAGAAGAAGCCGGUUGAUGCUUCCGCUUGCGCUCCUUCUUCUUCCGCGGCGCAAGUGGUCUCGGUUGCCCAGACCGGGGACGAGGGCUUCAUCCAGCUAGACGACCGGUUACUCCAAGAGCAGCCGUCGUAUAUGCAGAAGCCCCAAGUCCACAAGCUGCGUAAUCUGAUGCCUGAUGGGUAUCAAUUGACAUACCGGGCCACAUGGAAGAGCAUUAUACCUCUCCACACCGGUACGUCGAUUGGUAUCCAUUACCAUUCGAUCAAGGACUUGGGUGAAUUCUCCAUUCACCCAUUCAAAGUCCUUUUCCUUGAGACCUACGGGAUCAUGCCCGGGCAAUUGGCCCCAAAUGGUCACCGUCUGCUGGCCAGUUUCAUCAACGUCUGCCGGUUUCUCCGUAUUCCUCUCUCCCUUCGUCUCUUCGAUCACAUGUUCGAUGUCCGGCCCGGAUCCAAAGAAACACUUGGAUUCGUGGUGGUGUCUUCUCACCAAGGCCGGGCAUUCCUCUGUGGCCUUCCACCUUCUAACAAGAAGUGGAAGGACAAAUACGUGUCCAUCAAAUUCCCCCCGGCUUCUUUUCCUUUCGCUCAAAAUGUCUGGGGGAAGAGGAUGAGGCGUCAGGUCAAACCUGCGGAGGCUGAUGACCUGGCUACUUGGGAAGCCACUCUCCGGGCCGGGGACGCCUCCACCCGCGGUCAGUACCACAUCGGGAAGUGGAGCGUCUACCCCGGCCGGGAGACCGACCCCGAGCCGGAGAUUGUUCUGCCCGGGACGAUCCCCGAAGCCAUCCCCAUCAGCCGGGCGAUGGGAUCCAAAGCCAAGGCCACAGCCGCCGCCGGUCCUUCACGCCCGACGAAGAAGAAGAAGGAGAAAGUGGUGAAAUUCCAGUCCAAGUUUGCCGUUCCCGAGAUCGUGGUUGAGCAGCCCUCCUCUGCUCAGCCACUCACUCCUCCCUCCAACCAGCCUUUCUUCCUGGAGGAGCAACCAACCCAAUCCCAUCAGGGAACCAACCAGCCCAUUCACUCGGGGGAUCUCUACAUCAAUGUAGAGACCUUCGAGUUCGACACCCUGAUGGGAGAAAACGGGCAUACAUCCCAGGCAGGUAGGGGAGGCCAGCCCAACGAGGAGGUCGAGGCCGAAGAAGAGGCCGCUGAGGAGUCUCUUCGACGAAAAAGGCGGAGGACUGAAGAGGUCGGCCGGAUCGGGGAGGAGUACUUCGCCCGGCUGGUGAAGUCGAUGGAUGAGGAGAAGGCCCGGAUGGAGGCCAUGAUGGUCGAGAGCCGGAAGGAAGCACAGGCUGCCCGGGCCAAGGCAGAGAAGAUCGAGGCCAAAUGGACAGAGCACUGUGCGGUUUACCGCCAGCUCUAUGCCAAGCACGACGGACUGCUCAAGGCUGCAAAAGAGGCCGAUGAGCAGGCCCAGGCCAGGAUUCAGCAGCUGGAGGCAGAGAAUUCCCGGUCAGCCGAGGAGAUCGCCCGGCUUAGCGAUGAGCUGCAGAAAGAGCAGUCGGAGCGGGCCGCCGUCGCCGCUGCCUGGGCUUCUGAGGCGCCAGAAGAGUUCGCUGCCAAGGCCUUGCCAGACCGGGAGACAGGCAUCCGCUUCUUCCAAGGUCUGUACAAGCAUCCGGUAUCGGCCGGCCUGGUGGAUGAGAUCGGGACCUAUGGGUAUGAAAGCGGCCAGUACUCAGAGCGGAAGGCCCUCUAUGGCAUCCUUGCGCGAAGGGUUCAAAACUUUCAACCCAAGGCCCUUUCUCUGCCCGAGCUCCAUGACGAGGCGCCGGUCCCUCCCUUCCCAGGCAUCUGAACUAUCCGGCCGGGCUUCUUUUCUUUUUUUAUAUAUUUUAUGAUGUAAUGAUCGGCCUCUGGGCACUUUUGUAAGACAUUGAAAUAUUAAUGAAAAUAUUUGCUACAUCAUGUGCCGAGUGCUUUAUUUAUUUUUUUUUUGUCUCAUUAAUUUUUUUUAACUUGGAUUCUUCAACCGUUUAGAUUAGUAGAUAACAGCUCGGCUGUAACUACCCGGCUUAGAAUACAAUUC